GGCAUGCUGAGCCUUUUAGUGCCACGAUACCUGGCACAGGUUUUCUUAGCCUGCUGUAUGUAAUUAUUCAGCUGGAUCGUGUUGUUUGCAUAAGACACAGGUCUAUAAUACCAGUCGUACUAGGGAGAGAGAAAUAGUCAUGUGUCAGGGAAAGAGGACGGGACAGAAAGGCUAACAGGGAAAUAGAGAAAAGCCAAGGGGAUAUGUAGACAAAGGUGCUGUGUGCAGAGAACUCCAAAGACUUAACAGAGGACAGAUCAGGAGGUACUCUUUCUGUACAAACUGGUUAUAUGUGAGGGUGAGAGAAGACACACUAGUAUAGGGCAGAGGGAGGUACCAAGGUCAUAAAGUGAGAGGAAAGGGGGGGUCAAAAAGAGUGAGGAGAGUAAAGGAAUAACAUACAGUGCAUCAGAGAGGGGGAUAGCAAGGAGGAGAAAGCAGAACCACAGGAGGUAAACAGCUCAUGGUGAGUGACAGAAGGACACAGAGAGCAGACUUCUGAGAAUCUAAAGACAGUCAGACUUCUGAUAAUUUGCAGUCAGGAUGAGCUCUGGGACUCCACAAGGACUGCACUCCAGCCUCUCUCAGACAAACCCAAAAAUGGAGCCCAAGGGAAGAAAGAAGAUCCAGUUUUCAGUGGCUGUGCCUCCCGACCAACUAGACCCUCGGGCAGUGGAGAUGAUCAGGAGACGCAGACCUACUCCAGCCACCCUUUUUCGUGUAUCUGAACCUCAGUCCCCAGAUGAAGACCCUACAAUAUAUCAGAAGCUGUCAGGUGAUACUCAACCACUAACGACAAAAAGACCCAAUCCAUAUCCCUACAUCCCUCCAUCAAUUAAAGCUGUCCAGCGCUUAGUCCAGUCUCAUAUGCAGUCCCUUGGCUCUCUUGGCGACAGUGAUGAUGAGGAUGGGGAUGAUGAUGAUGAGGAUGAAGAAAGCACAGAGGACACUGUGAUGGAGGAGCCCAACAUAAAGGCCACAUCCACAGAGUCUGAGGACUGUCUGGACUGCGGUGCGGAAUGCGGUGCAGGUGAUGAGGACCUAGCUUGCAGCAAUCUGGAGACCCUUCUGAACCACACUUUGCUGGAGGACAGAGCAGGAAACAUGGAAACAUACAACACGCAGACAGAUACGCUGUGUGAAAAGCAACCUGCCUCUCUAGAACAUCCAUGAUAUCUACAUGUCUCAGCCAUGGAAUUCUGCCUUACUUCUCUACAAACUGGAACCAAACUGCUGUACCCCAAAUUAGUGUGCCCCCUACUCCUCAUCAACCCAUCUCAGAGUCUGUUAUCCUGCUGCGGAGAGCAAACAUUCUUGUAUAUUUAUAUCAUAUAACCUGCUUUUGCUAAGCAAUAAACCUUCUAACUCUAGAAUUGUAUCUAUGCUUGUCACAAGUGUGAAUGUGAGCAUAUCAGAUAUUAUUGACUGUAAUCCAAAAUACAUAACAUAAUUGUAACUGUAUAUAUACCCUUAACUUGCAGUCAUAUUUAUUUGAAUACAAAUAGUGUAAGCCAAAAGCUGUUAUUAAACCUAGCAACGCAACAUCAAGAACAUCACAUAAAUGAUAUAGAUUUUUGUCCAUACAGUACAAAUGUAGAAAAUUGUGUAUUAGAAGGAAUAGCAACCACACAUUGUAAAUGAUUACGGAGAUGUACUAAGCCUUGAAGAGAGAUAAAGUGGACAGAGAUAAAGUACCAGCCAAUCAGCUCCUAACUGCCAUGUUACAGGCUGUGUGUGCUGAUUGGUAGAUUAUCUCUUUCCACUUUAUCACUCUCCGUGGCUUAGUACAUCUGCCCCUACGGUUUUCUACUAAAAUAAAGGCCCUCAUUCCGAGUUGUUCGCUCGGUAAAUUUCAUCGCAUCGCAGCGUUUUUCUGCUUAGUACGCAUGCGCAAUGUUCGCACUGCGACUGCGCCAAGUAAUUUUGCUAUGAAGAUAGUUUUUUUACUCACGGCUUUUUCUUCGCUCCGGAGAACGUAAUGUGAUUGACAGAAAAUGGGUGUUACUGGGCGGAAACACAGCGUUUUAUGGGCGUGUGGAUAAAAACGCUACCGUUUCCGGAAAAAACGCAGGAGUGGCUGGAGAAACGGGGGAGUGUCUGGGCGAACGCUGGGUGUGUUUGUGACGUCAAACCAGGAACGACAAGCAGUGAACUGAUCGCAGAUGCCGAGUAAGUCUGAAGCUACUCUGAAACUGCUAAGUAGUUUGUAAUCGCAAUAUUGCGAAUACAUCGUUCGCAAUUUUAAGAAGCUAAGAUUCACUCCCAGUAGGCGGCGGCUUAGCGUGUGUAACUCUGCUAAAAUCGCCUUGCGAGCGAUCAACUCGGAAUGAGGGCCAAAGUUACUUUAAGUGAGCAUGAAAGACAUAGGACCGUAUUCAGUAAGGAUUGCAGUUUCUGCUAAAACGCAGUUACUGCGAUCAAAUAGUUGCCGCCCAGAAAUAGAGAAAAAAAUGGCCAUUGCAGAAAUUGCAAAUGUAUCGCAUUAUGGGGGCUGAUCGCAAAACCAUACGCAAUUACCAGAAUAUAAAAUAUAUUUCCUAUCUGCGCCAGGCAAGGUCAUCCACAGUUCUUGUGACACAAGAGGCUGGAAGUGGUGAGAGACUCUCCUUAAAAACGCCUGGGCACACCUGUGUUUUUACAGACAAACCUAGAAAACGUCAGGUUUCCGCCCAGAAACGCCGGCUUCCUGUCAGUCAAACAACGGCUGCAUUGUGAUCAUGAUGUGUACGCAUUUUCUCUCGCUAUUCCUCGCGCGUGCACAAUGCGAAUGCUGCGCAUGCGCAGUCAUUUGAUAAUCAGGCAGAUUACGAUUUACAAAUUUUGCAAUCCUUACUGAAUAAGGUCCAUAGUUCCCCAUGCCCAUUUUCUGUCUACAUUUCAGCAGGCGCUUAGUGAAAUGGGUCGCCACCAAGGUAUAUGUCACAAAGCUCUUUGGCAGCAUUUACACAAAUCUUCAAGUACCAGCGGCCUUCAGUUUAAGGUAAAAAUAAAUUGGUGAUAUGGUACUUGAAUGUGCAUCAUUACAACAAGUCAAAGAGCUGAGGUAACACGUGAAAUGAAAGGGACUCAGCUAUAUUGUAUUAAACGGGUUGGGUAUGUGAUGCCGGCGGCCGGGAUCCCAUUGGUCAGCAUACCGACGACGGGAUCCGGUCACCGGAAUGCCGGCGAGGGGGCGAGCGGAACGAAGCCCCUUGUGGGCUCGAUAUGCCGGCCACGCAGUGGGCUUGCUGCGCUCGCCACAGUUUCUGUUCCCACUCUAUGGGUGUUGUGGACACCCACGAGUGGGAAUAGUCCCGGUAAGUCAUGCCGACUGUCGGCAUUUCUAGCGAUUAGGAUUCCAGCAUCAGAAUCCUGACCGCCAGGAUCCCGCCCGCCGGUAACGCGAUUACAUCCCGUAUUAAACAUAUGACCUGUGCUAAGGCUAGAUAGGACGUCCAAACUUGUCAAACUUGCAGCAGUGUUAGAAAAUAAAAUCUACGUGUCUGGCAAAUUAUUUUCUUGCCAUUAAAGUUUCAAUGAAUAAAAAAAGAAAAGAAAAGUGGACAACUAUUUUUAAGGAUACGUUUACUCAUAUCCAGGCCCUGUGAUCAAUGAAUUCUGAUGUCAAGGACUAAAAUGUAACAAAAGUUGGUUGAAUCAGAAUUUGUUUGCCUGUGUUAAGUUUAUAAAAAUAUAAACACAAGUGACAUAGGAUCUAUCAUUUUGUAGAUGUUGGCCUUACUACUUCUGUCUAUGAAGAGUGCCAUAGAAAUAAUGACAGAAAAAGGCUGUAAACACAUUAAAGACCAAUAGUAUCCUAAUUAAAAUGUAUAAAAAAAACAAAAUGUCUAUAGCAUAAAUUUAAAUAUUAAAAUUGAUACAUUUUUCACACAGCUUUUAGUUAAUUGUCAUUUUUUUUGCAGUCUAGAUGGCUGCUGGAGAGAUAGAAUCGGUCAAAAGACUGUCACUAAAAAAUAACUUAUAGAAUGCAAUUAAAAUGACAGUACUCAUCUUAAGGUGGGUACACACUAGAGUGAUGGGGAUUCGUUCCGACGUCCGAACAAAUCCCCGUCAGCCCUAGAUUGUGUGUACACACUGGGGCGAUGCUAAUGAAGGUCUGAACAAACAUGUUUCGUCCUCCAUUAGCAUAAUACAGGAUGCUAGCGACAAGGCUUGGUUUUAUGUGCAGCACAUAGAACCUAGCGUCCGCGGGACCGCGCAAUCCCCAAUACACACUUAGCGAUGUAGGUAAUAUGUCGUUACGAAACUGCAUAUUGUGCUGACAUCACUGUAGUGUGUACACAGCUUUAUUCCCACAUGUGCUGUCAUCAAUAGUAACCAAUUUUAUUCUCAUUAGUCUAACUUUGACUACAAAGUAAAAAUCUGAUUACUUGCAGGGAUAUUCAGAGAGUUGCAUGGUUUACUGUAUGAGUUACAUUACAGGGUGCAUUGGGUUAUUAAAGUUGCCUUUUGGAAGUGAGUAGGUUUGUGUAAUGUAUCAGCCGUACUACACAUUGUAUGACUAUUUAAAACAGUAUGUAUCUGUGCCAGCAUUAAAGCUCAUAAACUAUGUGCCCAUAAUCUGGUACUGGGAUAUAGCAGUUAAACCGGAUAUGUCUGUUCUUAGUGUUUAUUCUGGCAUUGUGUCUGCAAUACAAAGAACACAAGGCUGUUUAUAUUAGUCCGUCCAUUAAAAGAAGCCUAAAGGGAAAGUGGAGUUACAUCAUCUACAGACGUGGACAAAUUUGUUUGUACCCUUAAAGCUCAUUUCACAAUGCUUCAUUCCUCCUGAAAAGUGAUUCAAUUAAAAGCUGUUGUCCCAUGUUUACCUGUGUGCCUUUGCUAUUUCAUAGAAUAAAGUAAAUCAACUGUGGAAACAGAUAAAUUAUUGCUUAUUGUCCAAAUAUAUUCUAAAAUGGACUGGACAGAUUUGUUGGUACCCAUUUGAGAAAAAUAAUAAAUUGGAUAAUGAUAUUUCAGA